AUGUCCUUUAUGAAUGACGAUCCAGUGAAUCGUACCAACGUGGGUCGCAUAGCAUAUUAUACUGAUCAAGUGCACAACUAUGAAUUCCGUGUGGAGCACAAGAAUGGGUCGACCGUCAUUUCACCUCGCGAUCCGGGUCAACGUACAGAGCUCAAGAUUGGUAUUUUGUUGCCAUUCCACCAGACAUCUGACAAUGUGACACGCGAGUUGACAAUCAGUGGUACUUCGGCUAUUCGCAUGGCAGCUGCCGAGAUCAACACACAACAAAGGAUACCAGGUGCCUAUGUAACAUUGAUUGAAAAGGAUUCAUUUCCUCAAGCUCUGGAAGGUCAAGAAGCUAUCACCCAAGCUGUGGUGUCGGCCAUUUCGCUUGUGCAACAAGGGGUCAUUGGUGUGAUUGGCGACAUUUCUUCUUCGUGGACAGCCCUUUCAGCAUUAAUUACUUCAACACUCGAGAUACCUCAGUGCUCUUUUACUGCCAUUGCAUCUUCUCUUGCAGACCGUUCACAGUACAGCUAUUUUUAUCGCACCAUCCCAACCGAUUUGCUUUAUGCUGAUGCCGCCCUUUCAUUCGUCGCAAGUCAAGGCUGGCCCUAUAUUUCCUUGCUCUAUUCCAACGAUGAUUACGGCAAUCAAUUAUCACAAUAUGCUGUCAUGAAAGCCAAGAGCCAAGGCAUUCUAGUGAAUGGAUAUCAAAGCUUUUAUGGCGAGAGCGAUCCAUUGCAUCAAGUAUCCGAUGACAUUGAAGAGUUGCUGAGCAAUCCAAAUUCACGCAUUGUCUUUGUGGUGGCCCAAGAUGAAGCCAUGACAACAGCCCUCGUGGCAGCUGCCAAUAAGGGUUACAUGAAUUCGGAUCAUGUAUGGAUAUCGCUUGGACCUUUGCCUGAUACAACAACGAUCCAAUCCUCUAUCGAUGGUUUCAAUGCUAUCUUACAAUCACGUCAACAAGGCCAAACACAUCAACAGCUUGAUUGGUAUGCCAACAGCGACGUUGCCAGUGAAUCACUCCAAAGCAACCAAACCGGGAAUUCAAUGCGAGCCAUCGAUUACAUUGCAUGGACAACACAAGAAUAUCAACACCCAAUCGAUUAUCCUACAGCAUUUUCCGGUGGCAUCUUUUCGUUUGCCCUUGGGAUCAAUCUUACUGGUUAUGGACCUUUUGAUCAAUUGCAACACACAUGGUCACAACUCGAUCCUCAGCUGUAUCCAUCCGCUGGUAAUGCAUCUCGAGCCUCUUCCAAUGUAGCUAUGGCCUAUUCUUGUUUAUGGUCCAUGGCAGAUGGCUUUCGCAAAAUCGUAUCGGGAUCAUCCAACAUGACACAAAUGUUAAAUCAGCUGGUUACACGCCAAUUGGGCGAUGGCUUUACUCCCACGGCUUUCAACACUGGAGACAAUGGCCCUGAUGGACCCAUGAUCUUUAAUGAAAAUGGUGAUCGUGCAGUUGGCAAUUUUCGUGUGCUCAAUAUCCAACAUGGUCAAGAAACCCAAAUUGGCACCAUCUUUGCAGGCAAAAUCAACUUGACAGAGACACCUCUUUAUUAUGGCGGCUCAUUGAUGGUACCUACAGGCUUGCCAGCAAAAACAUGCAUCAAUCCAGGCUAUCAUACUCCCAUUUCACUCGUCAUUGUCGCAUUUACAGCAUUCGGUGUGUUUAUGGCUCUUCUCGCUGCUUUAUUAAUUACCAUUCGUCGACGUCAUCUUGUAUCCAACAUAUCCAGCCUUUUAUCUUGUCUCUUGGAGCUCCUUGGGUUUAUCUUCAUAUAUACAUCCGUAUUCUUCUUCUCAGCAGAUCGCACAUUGAUGGAUUGCUUUAUUAUCCCCGUAUCCUUCCAUAUUGGCUAUACAUUACUACUUGGAUGCCUUAGUCUCAAGUUGUACCGCAUUUAUGCAGUGCACAACAACAUUUACUUGAAAAAACCGAUCGUCACGGACCGGCAAUUGCUACGCGUAUGCCUUGGUGGAUUACUUAUCACAGGAAUUGCAUUAGUGAUUUGGCUGCCUGCAACAGAGGUGCAAACGCUUAGUGUACCUGUAACUUUGACAACCUAUUUUGUGCGAUGUGAUUAUGAAGGCGGUGUGCAUAGCAUGCUUGUUGCAUUGAUCACGCUGGUGGCUGCUCUCUUUUUGGCAACAGCUGUCAUGUUGGCUAUCCGUACACGAGCAAUACCCAAGAACAAGCCAAAGUAUGCGGAAUGUCGGCAUAUCAGUCUUGCCAUCUACAACAUUUUCUUUUCAUCGCUUAUCGGAUUCACUGUAUUUCAUUCGGCAACCGACUACUUUACUCGGCAUUAUCUCUCGGCCGCAAUGAUCGUAUGGGGAGCCACCUUUUCGUUAUUGAUUUUGUAUUUGCCAAAGCUUCAUACAAUUUACAUCAAGGAGCGUGCACGAAAAAACGUGACAACAGGACGCAUGUCAAACACACGAUGGAACAAUAUGAACAACAACGGUCCACAACCACCGCCAUCACCAGGACCACCACGUGCAUUUACGAGUACAACAGGAGGUGGUGAUAUCAUCAGCAUCAAUCGUAUGCUUGCUUCCGGUGCAUUCAGCAGCAACAUGCCAGGAUUAACGGAGCAAAAGGUGCAUCAGCAUCAUCGAUUAGCUGCAGGGGAAUAUGGCGUGGAUUCUGAAGCAUACGAGGCACGCAUGCCUGUACAAGUGGUAUACCGCUAUUUUCCACAUCUAAGUGCGUGGGAUAUGAAGCACAUUGUAUUGUUUCCACGUGUGCGUUAUUUUUCAUUCGUGUCGGAAAAGUCACACAAAGGAUGUGUAUUCCAUUACAAGGAAGCUGUGAUCAUUUCCAAUAGUGGUGACGAACACAUCAUCAAGGUGCGUGGUAAUGGCCGAUCCGAUGUGUUGAUACAGGUUGCCCGGCAACAAGAAUUGGAGCUAUGGUGUGCAAGAUUCAAUAGCUAUUGUCGACAAGAUCCACCACCCAUGCAGAGUGUCGCCACAACCACUGGUACUUCACUAACCACCACAUCAGCCUCCCAGCUUAUCAUUUCGGAUGGCAUUGAGCAACAGCAUAAAAAGGAUGACUAUAGUUGGAUGCUCGAAAGCUAUCACGAAGAAUACGGCUCAUCAUCGUCUUCUGGUUGA